AAGGUCUAAUUGAAAUGUUUCCUUGGGAGCAAGAUGUCGCUUCGGUAUGGGAGAGAAGAGCAACAGAUGAGGCAACUCUGUGGAAGAUGUUGCCAUGAGGUUUGUAUCUGUGCCUUUUGGGCACUGCGGAGAUGUUUGCUCUGCUCUGCAGCCUCAUUUCCAGCUGCAUAAAUGAGCCAUUUUGAACGAACGCUCCUCUCAGCCUGGGAUGUAGUGAAACAGAGACACCUAGUGGGCAAAGUUCGUUACUGCAUUAUGAACACUAUGGAAUUAACGAGUGAAAGUGAAACUAACAGAAAACUGGUUUAGUGGUUACAUAUUAAUGACAGGCGUGUUUAGUGUGGCCUAAAAACGCGGGAGUAUCUAACCGUUAUGUCGACGCUUCAGUGCUAAUGUAGCAUAACAAAACGGUAAUGGAGACCGACUCCUGGGAGAACAGCAGGACGGUGGUUGUCUCCGGUGUUCCCAAUGUGUUGCCCCCCGGCAGGAUAACUGAUAAGCUGACCAUUCACUUCCAAAGCACCCGGAAGAGUGAUGGAGGAGACGUCGAAAAGGUCAAAUAUCCCACCAACAUGGACGGAGUUGCGUUUGUCACUUUUGAAAACGAAGAAGAUGCAGCGAGGGUGGUGGAAAAGAAGCAGCAUAUUAUGACAGACAGCCAGUUUCCUGAAGACUUCGUCCUCACUGUGUUUCCCUUCAGCACAGAUGUGUUUUUCUACGUCCCAAGCGCUACGGUUGAUCUUUCUAUAUUCGGCGGAAAUCGGGACUUGGUGAUUGAGAGCCUGCGGUCAGCUCACAGAUCGCUGCGUUUUCGUCCUGUGCCCCAGGAGAGGAAAGUCUUCAUUGAGGGGCCUUUUGCAGCUGUCCAAGCCCUAAAAGGGGACCUCAUUCGCAGAGCCGAUGAGCUUCAAUCUGCAGGCCUAGUCCAAACUGCUGGUAUUAACCCAAGAGAAACUGGUCAUAAUACGAGGUUAAUAUCUCAUCACAAGUAUGUCGACUCUGUAAGCCACAGCAGCUCUAAGAGGGAACCCGCAAGCAGCUUAUCAACAUUAUCAACACAGAGCCCAGGUAAGGCAAAUGAAAUCCAAAGACAUCUCUCAAAGACUCAAAAUACCUCCUUGAGGCAAAAAGUUUCCUCUGAGAGUUUGGCUCCAGGGAGGAUUUUGAAAGCACGCAUCAAUGGAAAGGACAAACUGGAAGGUCAGCCAACAGAACAAAGAAAGGCCAACCACAUACAAGUGGUCGAGAAGGAAAUCAAAGCAUCUUCCUUAUCGGGCCUUCCUCAACCAGUAUAUCGCAAUAUCAACAACAGAGCCUUAUAAUGACAGUGCCUCACAAAAACAUCCCAGAGCAGGCAAGAUUUCAGCCACAGAGAUUAGAAGAGAGGGUGAUUUGGGGUCUCACCAGAGCAGCAUGGGCUGUUUGAAGAAUCCAAGCAGCUCAGCAGUGAGAAGUAAGCUCCAGACUGAAUUUAAAGAUGUCUCAAAAACCUUGGAGAGAUAUACUGAAGGUCCCGCAGUGGCGUGUGGAGUCUCUCCGGAAGGUCAGGAUGAUAUCUGGGUUGACUCUUACAUAUUCAGAUACAUCAAAACAUUUCACAAGAAGGAGUUGGGCAGAUGCUUUGCGGGCACUGACUUAUCUGUCAGGUAUGUUGUAGAAACUGACCUCAUGCAAAUAUCGUUGACUGAGCAGCAACGUUCCAAGGUGACCUCAGGAGUCCAGAAAGCCAUCCAGAAACUGAAAACUUUGUUUGAGUUUUAGCAAUCAAUCUUAAGAGUUCAUAAGAUAUUUUACCAUGAGGUGGGGCUGUCGGAUAAAUACCUAAUAAAUCAGAUCUGUGGUGUUUUCA